CUAAGAUGCUGAAAAUUUCACUACCAUCUACAGUAAAUUUCUUUGUAUCUAAGCAAAAAAAAAAAAAAAAAAAAAAAAAAAUGUGUAGGAUGGCUAUAUAGAAAUUUUAUUUCAAGAAAAAAAGAUGGUUAAGAUGGCCUUUAUAUGGAAAAUAUUUCAUUUGGCUAUUUAAAACAAGCAAAAAAAGAAAACCAUAGAAUUAUCAUAAAUAACCUGUCAUUUGUAAGUAAUGAGAUCACUUGUUUACUGAGGCAUAAUUUAACCUUAUCAUCAUCUUUCUAAGACAAGAAUAUAUGAAAUAUCACCCAAAUUUUAGAAACUAUGUAAUGAUAUUUGGGCAAAGGAGGGAGGUUUGUGUCUACUACCCAGUUCUCAUAAAUCUUCAUAGAGACUGAGCUGGCCAUUUCCAUUGUGAAUAGGGACUGAGAAAGCAAAAUCUCUGAUGUUUGUGAGAGUUUCAUCCCCAUGUAUGUGAUAACAAAGAACAAGUUAUCUUUGUCUGAAGUAAAAGCAAGAUAAAAAACACCUUCAGCAAAGAUUCUGAAAAUUAGUAUGCUUACAUAAUGCAUAUUUAAUUUUAAGUUAAUUCUUUAAAAUAAAAAGGGGAAAAAAGUAAUUGUCAUACAACAUAAUGAAAACUCCUACUUCUGAUGGUUUGGAAUGGAAAAAAAAAAUUGGCUAUUGAAUUUGUUUGAUGAUUUACAAUAAAAUUUGUAAAAUCAUGAAAUAAAAUGCUGUAUUAUAUUCAGACAAAUCUUUCUUUUCUGAAUGAAGGGUGUUGAAAUAAACAGAAAUGUCAUUCUCCCCCUGAUGCACCUGGCUAAUUCCCAUUAACCUUUAUGUGAGCUAAAGCAAGUGUAGCUGUAGAAUAUGUCCUAAAUAUUUAAUUAGUUCAAAAUCCCCCAAAGUACAAGAAUCCUAACACAGAACUAGUGUGGUUUAAUUAGGGUUUCAGUGACAAUUUCAUCCUUCAUUAUUAAAGGAAACACACAAAAUAACUAGAGAUUUAUAUUUAAAAUCCAGAUACAGAUUCAUAGUAGGAUAAUAAGAUUAUUUACAAAAAUACAAAAUCAUAAUAUUAUUCUGUUGUAAUUAUUUCUGCAUUCUUUUACAUAAAAUUAAGAAAUUUAAGGAAAAAAAAAAGAAAAAAGAAAAAAGCUAAAAAACAGCUGAACUCCAAAGUAAUAGGAAAUAUUGCUAGUAGUUCUGUAUUCCAAAAUGUUUGACGGUUCAUUUUACGUCACUGCUAUGAUAGAAAUUGUCUGUUCUGAAGAAAACUUCUUAAUUUUGAAAAACUUCUGAAUGCUCAGACAGUAUAAAUUUCUACACUGUCAUUAAAGUCAAAGGAAUCUCACCAUCUGAAAUAAAGUGAGUAUCUGGCCUAUGAAGAUUCAGAAUCUGCUCAAUUAGUCUGUUGAUUGAUUAGGACAGGAUGAUGGGUGCUUCUCUGACUGACCUUGAAUGUCACUCAAAAGAAAAAUUUUCAAGCAGUUAUAACUCAACUAUAUGGUGGUACCCACUGGCUGAAAAAUGACAGUAAAGGUUGAAAGGAACAUUUUUUUCCUUUAUCUUCUUCACGAAAGGUACAUGUUCAUAAUCUUUAUUUCUCAUGCCUCAGCAUGAUUAUACAGUGAUAGACAACUAUGUGGAUAUUACAGAAGAAAAGAGAACAACCAAACAACAAAAAAUACUCUCUGGCUUUUUUGUUAUUAUCAUUUGUCAAGGAGUAGUAGAAAAAAAUCUGGUCCAAAUAGUUAGAUUCCAUCAACAGAAAUGUGAUGCUUUAUAAUAAAUGGGGAUUUAUGGCCCAAUCUAGGCACCAAGAGACCACUUUCAUAUUACUCUUCUAUUAUAGAGAUGCAAAUUCAAACACAUUAGAGAGUAUGUGAUAGUUUCUUGUGAGAUACUACUUUCUGAAAUUUUCAGCUCAAUUUUCAAGAAUUCACAGAAUCACAGAAUCAUAGGGUUUAGAAGGGGCCUCUGGAAAUCUUCUAGUUCAAUCCCUCUUCUAAUGCAGGUUCCCUAAGUCUCAAAUAACCUUCUAUGUUUUUGUUUUUGUUUUUGUUUUUGUUUUCCUUUUACUUGUGAUUCUAUGUAAUAGCUUUUUUUUAUUUUCAACCAUAGUCUUAAAAAAAAAAAAAUAAAUCCAAAAAUAAAAUUGUUUUACUCUAUUA